AGCACGUUUCGCGUUGCUUCAGAAAUAUCGUGAAUCUCGUGCGUUUUAAACGAGAUAUAAAUCUCGGGAAUUAAAUUAUUUAAAAAGUGAUUGUACCAGUUCCUAUUUAGCAUGAAACAGCCGUUAAUUUAAGUUUGAAGAACUAAAUACUUACUGUAAAAGUGAAAAUGAAGUUAAUAGUAUGUUGUAUGAUUAUCAUCGCAAACAUAAGUAACAAUGGCAAAGCGUCUCUCGAUAGCUUUUCGCCGGCCAGAACCAAUAUACUUCUAGAAGAUACUACGAGAAAUUCAGACCAAUCAUGCUACAGACCUUGCAAAUUCAACGUGAAGCCACGGAGAUGCCACUACCAGUUCAAGAUAGAACCUUCGAUCCUUGAAGACGGGAAACCAGCUCUUACUAUCAACGGGAUGACUCCCGGACCUCCCAUUAAUGUCUGCAUGAAUGACGUCAUAGUUGUUGAAGUCCAGAACAAAGUGCCAGACCAGGAUCUCGCUAUACAUUGGCAUGGGGUGGAGCAGAAAGGAACGCCGUACAUGGAUGGGGUUCCCAUGGUGACGCAGUGUCCUAUAACUUACGGAUCGACGUACAAGUAUGCUUUCAUAGCGACGUCGCCCGGAACUUUCUUCUACCAUUCUGAUUCAGUUUCCCACCAAAGCGACGGCGUAUACGGAGCUCUGAUCGUCAACCAGCCUCAACCUUUAGAGCCUCAUUCGUCGUUGUAUGAUUACGACAGAAGCAAGGAACACACUGUAAUGGUAGCUGCGAAAUUUCCUCAACUCCUCACUGCUAAUUUGGAGGACCUGGGCAGGGUGCAGCCGAAUGCUCUAGUUAUAAAUGGAGAAGACAAUUUCAAGUUGUUCAUGAUGCCAGGCUACUCGUACAGGUUGAGAUUGAUCAAUGCUGUCGCUAUUGAAUGUCCUAUCACCAUUUCCAUUGAUAACCAUGAGAUGACCGUCAUAGCCACAGACGGGAGAGCUGUGAAACCGACGUCUGCUAAAAAGGUGUUAUUGUAUCCAGGAGAACGUAUGGACGUGGUGGUGCGCGCUGCGGAAGAGAGCGGGGGCUACUGGGUGCGCGCGCAGGGGAGCGCCGCGUGCGCAGGUGUCAGCGCUGCCGCCAUGUUCCUCUACUCUGGCUUCAACUACACUGCCAUGUUGGAUGGACAGAAACAUUCAGAUCUUCCAACAGACAAUGCAGCAGCUGUAUCUGGUCAAACCCUGAAGUCAUUACAAGAUGUAACCCACGUCCCUGAAGUGAAGUCUGUCUAUUUGGGCAUUGAUAAGAAUAUCAUCCAGAUUAAGGACAGUGACAACGAUUUCCGGUACAUCAGUGACGCUCUGCCUACAAAGCCUUUCUUCCCGGCUUCUUUGUCUCUUCGUGACUCUGGCGUCGUUCAAAUCAACAACAAGAGUUUUCUCUACCCGAGUGCUCCUAUUCUGCUGAAGCCCAAAGACAAACGGGAGCCUUCAUGCUUGGUUGGAGAGGAGCAACUAGUAAACGAUCUUCAGUGCUUGCAAGUGUUGAACGCACAGGAGGGAGAACUCAUUGAACUUGCAUUGGUUAAUGAAGGUUUUGGUAGCAAUGAGUCAUACACUUUCCACAUUCACGGCUAUGGAAUGCAAGUAAUAGCUACGGGUAAAAACACUGAUGAUGCGCCUUUAUCCAAAGUAAAAUUCCAGUCACUUGAUAAAGAAGGAAAGAUCAUCAGGAACCUCCAAAAUCCACCGACCAAAGACACGAUAACAGUUCCAAACAAAGGCUAUGCAGUUGUUCGGAUACGACCAGACCAUGGAGGUAGUUGGCUUUUGGAGUGUAGAGCUUGUGGUCUUUCCUCCCUGCCCACUGCGAUAGUCAUCAGAGUUCCACAGUCCAUCCCCAGAGCAGUCAUCGACUCAUUGCCCAAAUGUGGGAGCUAUAAACCCCCAGAUGUACUCCUCAACUGAAUAUUACCAGACUGAAUAGGCUAAGUAUUGUUACAUAGAUGGAAUAACCGAUUCUCAAAUAGUUAGGUACAUGAGCUGUACAAUUGUAAAAUAAGGUAGCUUUGUUGAUCAGUGUAAAAUGUAAGAGUAUUUAUACGCUUUCAUAAUAUUUAGAGACGUAACUGGUAUUUUUGAAUAUUGUGUGAAAAUUGAGUAAAGUGUGAAAAGUGUUCGCGGUAUCAACGAAGUCAACAAAUAUGAUUGUGAUUUAUUAAUUUAUCUUUACUUAUUUAAUAAUAAAAUGCUAAAGUUAGA